CUAAAUUGACACAUGUUUUCUAUUGUCAGGUUCUACUUGAGCUUUCAAAGGUUGGCUGGGAUGAUAUUGGUGGGCAGAAUGAGGUUAAGCAACAAAUGAUGCUUUCAAGUGGUAGAAUGGCCACAAAAGCAUCAAGAUGCUUUCAAGCGUAUGGGAACUUGUCCACCAAUAGGGGUGUUGUUGUUUGAUCCUCCUGGUUGCAGCAAAACCCUCAUGGUCUCGGAUCGGAGAUCGAAAUCACGGUUAGAUUUUGGCUUGUGGCUACCCAUUGCCAAAGGGGGAGAGAUGACCUCAAGUGUUCGUGCAUCGGGUGUUAGUCUAAUUGGAGGGAAUUUAUACCUUUCAAUCCCAAACGGUACGGUUGUGCCUGUGGCUAGUGACUCUUUUUCUUUUGGACCUGAGUACGGAGUGAACGAGUGGUGGAUGCCGGAAGAUGAGGAGCAUAGCCAGGACUGUGCUUGUGACUUUUGUGCAUACAUGGUGCCAUGAGGUGUUCAGCAUAUUUUUGAUUAUGUUGAUAUAGGUUUGUGAAUAUUCUGUUUUAAACUUGAUAUAUGUAAGUCUUGAAGGAUUGUAAACAGAAUAACUUGGUUAACGAUACUAUGUUUAUCAUUAGAUUAUUUCUCCAUUUAUAUCUGAUGAUUUCACUAUUAUACUUCAA